CGCGGAGAUUAAAGAUAUAAAAUGGGUGCGCGCUGAUAUAAGAUGUCGGGUCCGGUGGAAUCCAGGUUCAGUUCACAGUAUUAUUACAACCUUCAUCAACAUGAAGAAUCUGUGUCAGAUAUUGACAGUGUUGAGCUUCAUCUCUCUAUCAGCAGCUGAGCUAACUUGUGAGAGCUGCAGAAAUAUUGGAAAACUGCUCUCAGAGGAGCUCGCAUCAGAGAGCUCCAUUCAAGGACAGUUGGAUGAGUUCCGAAAUGAAACCUGUAGCGAGGUCGCUAAGAAGUUUAACUAUACAGAAUGCUCCGUUGAGAUGACGUUCUUGUGGCCACCAAUUGCCCAGGCCAUCUUCGAAGCUGAGGAAGGAUAUUUCCGACCGUCUCUAUUCUGCAAUCAGUGUCCAGCUGAAGUAGAAGAAGACGAAUCAUCAACAGAAACAACUCUUGCUCCAGAAGAUAGUGAAACAACAACUACUGCUCUUUUCAUAAAAGAGGACAUUACUCCUCCCUACUGCGAUGACUGUAUUGAGUUUGUGGAUUCUAUCCCAACCUACUUCGACGAUGCUGUAAUUACUGGAGAUUUUAUCCACGCACUUCAAUAUGAGGGAUUCUGUACCCAGUUUCGUCAUAAAGAAGAAUCAUGUAGGGAGAGAGUAGCCUACACCUUUCCCAGAGUGAUGAGGAUCUUAAAGAAUAUUCCUGUUGGGAAUUCUCAUGUUACCUUUUGUGAAAGAAUUGUAAAAUGUAUUAAUCAGGAUUAAAGAAAUAAAAAGUACUUAAGAAUGUAA